GUGUGUGGGAGAAGAAGGCGGAGCCUGUCGCUGUUGAGCAGGAUCUGCGUGUGCGUCUGGUGAAGCUGAAGCUCGUGAGAGAUGGGGAGAUCGUGUUGCUGCAGGAACGCCUUCCCUCAUUGAACGCGGUGCACCGCUUCUUGUCGUGUGUUGACACCGCCGUGAGCUGGUGCCUCUGCAGUUUUGACGUGAAGGGCGCGCGCAAGUUGGUGCGUGUGGGAAGUGAUGAGCAGGGAGAUUCUUGCUUUGUAUUUGAUGGUGUGUGGUAUUCGUAUCGAAGUUGCCAUUUUGGCUGUAAACGGGCUGCAUAUUGGUUCAGCCGAGUGGGUGCUUGGUUGGUUCGGAUGCUUCAUCGAGUCAUUUGGGUGAAGCAUGGAUUGUUUCUUUUUGUGGACGAUGGGCUGGAGUUCUUGCCUACUGCUGUGGGGCCACUCCUGGCGCUUUAUUCUCUAAUGUUUGUAUGCGGUGUUGGUGUGCCUGUGAGCUGGGGCAAGCUGCACAUUGGUCAGUGCCUGAUUUGGAUUGCUUGGAAGUUCCACGCGAAUACCUGCCAAGCUAGUUUGCCAGCAAACAAGGUGGAAAAGGCUCUUGAGGCCCUGCGUCCUUUGCUUCACAAAAGCAAGGUGGAACGCCGGCAGGUCGAGAAGGUUGUGGGAUUUCUUGGUUGGUUUUGCGGCGGAGCUUUCUGGCUUCGGGCCUGGCUGGCGGCCCUUUACAAGUUGUUGUGCAAACCGCAGGCUGGGACUAGAUUGCUUCUUGUAGAUGAUUACUUCUCGCUGGUUCAGGAAGUCGCUGCCUUCCUGGUUUCGCGCGGCGUGCAAUAUGCGUAUUUGCUAUCUCAAACAGCCCCGCCGCGAAGCAUCAGCGUCCACGACCCCAGAGCUGUGGUCAUCGAUGCCUUCCAGCAGAAGAAGCUCGUGGCUGAGAUCUCAGUCCCUGAGGCACUCGUGAAUCCCUGGCAACAGAAAGGCCGCAAGCAAAUCAUUAUGUACAUAGAGCUCUGGCCCGCCUUGGUCGUGCUGCUGAAGUUGGGUGCCUCCUUAAGGAACAGGCGUGUCUUGGUCUUUAUCGACAACAACGGUGCAAGAGAUGCCCUCAUCAAGGAGACGUCUCCAAUUGAGGAUAUAUUCUCCUUGAUGGCCAUGGGGUCAGUGAUCCGAGUGCCGUCACCAAGCAAUCCUGGGGAUGGUCUAUCAAGAGGCAAGGUAGCUGAGAUGGCAGAGCUAUUAGGCUUCUGCUACCGCACCGUCGCGUAUGUGCGCUCUAGGUUUGAGUUCAUUCCGAUGCAGACUGGUUCGAACCUCGUUGCGCAGAUGUGCUUGGCUGGGCGCAAUCCUUUCGAUGAGCCUUGGUUGGAUGACGGCGAGAUUCAGCGGAUCCGCGAGGAUCUGCUUUCUUUCCUGAAUGAUCAUGAUUUUCAUUCGUCUUUGACUACGGCGCCUGGGCAGCCGCUGACGUUGGACUUGCGGCGCGAUCUAUUUGCCCUGACUGGCGAUAUUGAUCCUGGCCUCAUCCCUCUACUCCGUGAUGGCGUUCCCAUUGGCAUCAAAGAGAUUAUUCCUGCCUCUGAAAUGACAUUGAGGACCCUCUUGCCAUUAUUGAUCUAUAAUUCUCUUUGGGGCUCAGCCUUGGAUGAUCCAGCCGCCUUGAUGGACUUAAUUCAGAAAGAUGUCGACAGCGGCUUUGCAGAAUGGAUUGCUGGAGGACGCGAGGAGGUUCUGUCACGCUUUGGGGCAGAUUGCGCGGCAGGUCGUCUUGACCUAGUCAAGAAGGAGGGAGCAAUUUCACGCCUGGUGGGAGACAACACAAUCUCCAAUGCAAACCGUCUCUAUAGGAUUGCAGAAAAGAUUGAGCUCCCAGACUUGAUAGAUGUGAUUGACUUCAUGUCGCGCCACUCAUAUGAGCGUUGGGUUGCCUUUUCGCUGGAUGUAAAAAAGGCUCACAAGUGGGUCAAAAUGGCACCGUCGGAACAGGGCUUCUCCGUGUCUAAAGCGGUCGACCCUGGUGGCGUCACGCGUUGGCUCGUUUACCUCGCCUGCCAUUUUGGAGGAACGUGGAGUGCUUAUUGGUGGUCUCGCGUUGCUGCAGGCUUUGUGCGCUCGGGCCAUGUGCUGCUGCAUAGUUCCCAUUUUCUCUCCAUGCACGUAGAUGACGGGCUGUCCUUGUUUCCGGCAGCCUCGGCGCCACUGAUGGCUUGUAUAGAAGUAUUGCUUGCGUAUUCGCUGGGGAUCCCGCUGUCAUAG